UUGACUCCUUCUCUAACUUGUAUCUCUCCGCAAACCCGAGAAAAUCAGAGGAACCAAAACCCUUGACUAGGGAUCGCUUCUCAGUAAUAAUCUCUUUCUGUUUCGUUCAAUCUUGUUUUCCGGAAAUCUAGAGUUGGAAAAGAAGAGAGAGGGAGAGAGAAUCUUCCAGUAUUUGCAAACAUGUAACUUCCGGUGAUUGCUGUCAGAGCCCUAAUUUUCUGGAAAUUUCAAGUUACGGGGAUUUAUGGAACAAUUGGACAAGGAACCGUUAAUGUCGAUCUCGAAUUCGUAUGGUUUCUCAAACGGACCGUAUCUGAACCACUCGGCGUGGUUCGAAAUCCGGCUCUUCUACGUGCGGAUCGCUCCGUGCGUGAUCGACAGCGUUCCGAGUCAACUCACGCUCCGCCACCUACGCCCCGAGAUCGGUAUCUUGCUCGAGAUUAACAAUUCCCGGAUUCCUGCGUCGGAGUCCGCGUCGCUGACCCUCCGACGCGACCGAGUCGACAAGGACUCGUCCGAGGUGACCUACGUGAGCACCGAUAGCGUCCGGGUCACCGGCGGGGUCGAGUUCGAGGUCCACGAGAACCAGGACUUGAUUCUGUGCGGCUCCAUGGAGCGAAUGGAGACGAAUUGGGGCAACGGGUGUUCGGGCUUGGACAACGACGCGAGGACCGGGUGGAGUAUGGACUGUUAUAUGGCUGCGUCAAUUGGGUCGGGUUCGUCAGCGUUUUUUCAGCCGAAGCUCGGGGUUUCGGCGCCCUCAUUUGAGGUUUAUAUCGCCGGGUGUUGCUCGGGUGUGCCUGUGAUAUUGACGAAGACAAUUCAGAUGAGUCCAAGGCGGAAGCCGGUGAGGCACGCUGUCCUCGAUGCGAUUCCAGAGGACGAGGAAGUGCAGCGGAAUGGUAAUGGGUUGGUUCGGCACCGAAAAGUGCAGAUCACAGAAUCAGAAGCUGAUGAUCAUGAGUCUGAUGGGAAGCUUGGACAUGGCUUUUACCCUGAAGACAUGUACCCGGGUGAGGAUGGCCAACUCUCAUGGUUUAAUGCUGGUGUUAGAGUUGGUGUUGGAAUUGGUCUUGGGAUGUGUCUCGGGAUUGGAAUUGGUGUUGGACUUCUCAUGCGUUCAUAUCAAGCCACUACUAGGGGUUUUAGGAGGAGCACCACUAAUCUUAGAUCCUCUGCGGCAAUGUCACACCGUAACAAUCCUGCGCCACCACUCCCCUUGGUGGUCACCUUAAACUGCAUCGAAGACUGCGCUUUGGAACAAGACUCGUUAGCCGGCGUGGCAGCCGUGGAGCACGUGCCCCUCGGCCGCUUGGCCGAGGGCAAGAUCGAGUCGGCGGCGGCCGUUCUUCUCCACUCCCUCGCAUACCUACCACGCGCCGCUCAGCGCCGCCUCCGACCCUACCAGCUCAUCCUCUGCCUUGGCUCCGCUGACCGUGGCGUCGACUCCGCGCUCGCCGCGGACCUCGGGCUACGCCUGGUCCACGUCGACGCCUCGCGAGCCGAGGAGAUCGCGGACACGGUCAUGGCGCUCUUCCUCGGCUUGCUGCGCCGGACGCAUUUGCUCUCGCGCCAGACGCUCUCGGCUUCGGGAUGGCUAGGUUCCGUGCAGCCCCUUUGCCGAGGAAUGCGACGGUGCCGAGGCUUGGUUCUGGGGAUCGUAGGUAGAUCUGCGUCGGCUAGGUCUUUGGCUACGAGGAGCUUAGCCUUCAAGAUGAGCGUGCUCUAUUUUGAUGUUCACGAGGGAAAAGGAAAAGUAAGCAGGUCUUCGAUAACUUUUCCUCCUGCUGCCCGAAGAAUGGAUACUCUUAAUGAUUUACUUGCUGCAAGUGACCUUGUUUCACUUCACUGUGCUCUGACAAAUGAAACAGUUCAGAUCAUUAAUGCAGAAUGCUUGCAGCAUAUAAAGCCUGGGGCAUUUAUUGUGAAUACGGGUAGCAGUCAAUUGCUGGAUGAUUGUGUUGUGAAGCAGCUUUUGAUUGAUGGCACGUUAGCUGGCUGUGCUCUGGAUGGUGCUGAAGGGCCACAAUGGAUGGAAGCCUGGGUAAAGGAGAUGCCCAAUGUAUUGAUUCUUCCACGAAGUGCGGACUAUAGUGAAGAAGUAUGGAUGGAGAUAAGGGAGAAAACUAUUUCUAUGUUGCAGACAUUCUUCUUUGAUGGGGUUGUUCCAAAGAGUGCCUUUUCUGAUGAGGAAGAAGAGGAAAGUGAAAUAGGUGAUGAAAAUGAACAAUCUGAUAAGCAAGACAAAGAAAGUGCUCUGCAGGGUUCAGUUAGCGAGCAGUUGACAGAUGAUGUGCUCGUAAGUCCAGAAAGCUCCCAGAAGAAAGGUACUAAUAAAUCCAAAGAGUCUCCUAUCCCGCAGCAGGUUUCAGGUUUGUCUCAAAAUACUGUUACCCGAUCUGAAGGAAGGCGCAGCAGAUCAGGUAAGAAGGCUAAGAAGAGGCAUACACGUCAAAAAUCCCAGCCAAAAUCAGAUGACCCCUCAAUACUAGAAAAGGAAAAUACCUUGAUUCGAGAAGAUGAUACUGCAAUGAGUGGUACAGAUCAAGCGUUAAGCUCCAGUUCCCGGUUUGCUUCCCCUGAAGAAUCAAGAAAUAGGAAAACAUCAGUAGAAUCAAUGCAAGAAUCGACUUCUGGCCAGCUUUCAAAAUCAAGCAAGAAGCUCAGUGGAAAGUCUGAUGAACUGUUAAAGGAUGGGUAUGUUGUAGCUUUGUAUGCAAGAGAUCGUCCUGCACUCCAUGUCUCAAGGCAAAGAGUUAGAGGUGGUGGUUGGUUCCUAGAUACUAUGUCAAAUGUAACCAAAAGAGAUCCUGCAGCACAGUUCCUCGUUGCUUUCAGAAGCAAGGACACAAUUGGUUUGCGAUCAUUUUCUGCUGGUGGAAAGUUAUUGCAGAUUAAUAGAAGAAUGGAAUUCGUAUUUGCUAGUCACAGCUUUGAUGUUUGGGAGAGUUGGAUGUUGGAAGGUCCUUUGGAUGAAUGUCGGCUGGUUAAUUGUAGAAAUCCAUCAGCGGUUUUGGAUGUACGCAUUGAGGUUUUAGCAGCUGUAGGGGAAGAUGAUGGGGUUACUCGCUGGCUUGAUUGAACUCUGAGUUAAGAAAGCUAAGGUUUUCCUGCCCAUGAGGUUUGUAUUAAUUUGAAAACAUAUCGAAAGUUGUAAAGCAUUCUUCUGUUUUUCUUUUCCUCUUUUUUCUUCUUCUUCUUUUUUCUUUUUUUUUUUUGGAAUUUUUGAGAUGUUUAUGAGCUUUGUACGCCUUCUGUGUUCUGGUUUUCUCGGCCUCCAUAUGAAAUGAAUGUAAUUUG